GGAAAUUUCAGUCGUAUAUUUCGGCAUAUUUCUGAGGGUCCGGCCGUAUAUCGUAUCGAUAAGUCCAGGGUCACACUGGCCUUUGAUUUUGAGCGCAUUCCGCGUCGCCAAAGUAAAUAAAUGUAAUUAAAUGGAAAACGCGUUUAUAAAAAGGCGUUCGCUGACGCUCAGCACGCGGUUGCUGCACAAACGCCAUAGCGCCUCACCGCAAAACUGCGGGCGCCCUGGAAGCGGACACGAUGUGACAAUGGAUGCACCUGGCUCUCCCUCGUCUAUUGUGGACACACUAGACGAUGUGGAGGGCACGCCCCCCAACAAGAAGUCGUUGAGUCUCGACGAUAGCGUCGACUUCUCGCCGCGCAUGGACAUCAGCCUGUCGCCCAACUGCCUCUUCUCGCAGACGCUGGCCACCGAGAGUCCGGAGGUCGGAUGGCGUUGGAACCGCAACAGCAACGCUAGCGUGAACCCCAACAAGGUAAACACGACAACAGACAGCGGCUUCGAUUCCGCAGAGCUGACUGCCGGAAAACUAAAGGAUCGCCGCAGGCAGCUGACGAUGAAAGGGGAGGACCGCCGCAAUCAGCAGGACAGCGACCUGUGGCGCGCGAAGCAAAUACGCGCACGAGAGCUGCUCAAGGAGCGUUGCGACAAGCUGCACAGGCAGCUGGACCAAGUGGCUGUGUCUGAGACGCCCAGGCCAGCGGCAGCGAUGGCUCCUUCUGUGGCGGCCCGCACUCGGUCUGCCAGCAAGAGACCUCCACCAGCACCGGACCCAGCGUUUGAAGACUUUCUCAAUGACUCGGAAACGGACAUGUUCCUGCUCGAGGCCUCGCAGCAGCUGGAGUCGAAGAUGGAGACCCAUGAGACCAGAUCGACAGCAACAACCACCACACCCACCAGCCAUCACAAGACGAAGCGGCCCUCGUUCUACAUGAAAUUUCUGGAGGAUGAGAGCGAGAGCGAGGACUGGCUGACGGCCCUCGAGGAGGCUGUCGAUCAGGCCACCAUGCCCAAGAAGCCGCGCACCUCGUUGCAGCGCUAUAAAUCGAUGCCCGCAACUGGCGAUACAUCUGCCGUGAAGAAUGGGGCCAGAGCUAGCAAUGGAUCUGCCGCAGGCGCCAGCACAUCGUCGGGAUUGUCCAGCCUGACGGAGACGCCACGCAUCAAGCGACAUGCCAGCUCGCACGCGCUGUCCCCGGCCACGUCGCAUGCGCGCGGCAAACUUUUUGGCAGCCGGAAAUGAAACUCGAUAUGGCUACUUCCACCGAAUCAGCACUCCACAGGCGCACAGCCCACCAAGCAUCGGCCUUCCCCCUCAACGAGUAUCAAUUGUGAUGAGAGCAAAUGUUAGGUUUCGUUUCGCUCCCCAAACUGUUGACCAUUCUGCAGUACUGCGUGUAUACGAGCAAGAUAAUUGAAUUUGUGCAGCUCUGAAGCUACUUUGUUCAUUUAAAUUUAAGGCUAAUUAAAAGUUAAUUGUAA